AGCUACUUUGCCCUGGAAGCAGUUUACACAUCCACACUUACAGGCUGCUUGUUCACUUGCAGUUCAAGUGCUACAAGUCUUAUGAGCUCUAUGACUAACUGUCAUAUUUUCAAUAGCUCACACCUGACGUUGAGAUGAAUACAUGGCCGACAUCAUAAAUCCGGAGUAUGGAGGAGAUCUGCAGUGUCAAAUUGAAGAGGUGGAGGCUCUGUCUUCCAUAUAUGGUGAUGAAUGGUGUGUUAUCGAUGAAGCAUCCAGAAUAUUUUGCAUCAAAAUAUCAAACGACAUGGAGGAACCAAAGCUGACAGCAUGUUUGCAGAUAAUUCUCCCACUUGAUUAUCCAAGCACAGCCCCUCCAAUCUACCAGAUCAAUGCAGCCUGGUUGCGAGGCCCCGAGAGGGCCAGAUUGGCAAACAGCCUGGAAGACCUCUAUGUGGAGCAUGCAGGGGAGAGCAUCCUCUACCUGUGGGUGGAAAAAAUUAGAGAAUUCCUCGUGGAGAAAUCCCAGAGCUCAGAAACAGUGGAUCAACCAGAAAAGGUGAACAUCACUACUGAGGAGGAAGUGGAUGAUGAUGAAGACAUGCAAGACUUCAGGAAUCUCAAACUGAACACAGAGAACGCACAUCUCUUCAUGGAUCAUGCAAAUGAUGAAGAGAUGCCUCCAAUAAAACAUGGAAAUACCAUCACAGACCGACGCAGUACCUUCCAGCCUCACUUAGCACCUGUGGUGACUCCAAGACAGGUUAAAAUGGUCCUGGAGAAGCUGUACGAAAACAAGAAGAUUGCUAGUGCCACACAUAACAUUUAUGCAUACAGAAUUUACUGUGAGGACAAGCACAGCUUCCUACAGGACUGUGAAGAUGAUGGCGAGACAGCAGCAGGGGGAAGAUUACUCCAUUUACUGCAGAUUCUGGAUGUGCGUAAUGUCAUGGUGGUCGUGUCUCGAUGGUAUGGUGGUAUUUUAUUGGGUCCUGACCGCUUCAAACACAUCAACAACUGUGCUAGAAACAUCCUGGUGGAGGAAGGAUACACUGCCACGGAUGAGGCCACCAAACCAGGAGGGAAGACCAAAAAGCCAAAAAGCAAGAAGACAAAAUGAAUUUCAAAAGAAAACUUUUAUUUUUUUAAACAUGUUUUCACAUCUUUGCUGCUGAAUUCAGUGAAAAUGACAUUUGUAGAUGAUUCAGAUGAAUGGAGGGAGUCAAGCAGGGGUUGUUUCAAUUAAAAAUAAUUUAUUGAAAAUAACUAGUAUUAAAAUGUCUUUUAGAAAUUUUGAAUUGUUAUUUUAGCUGAUCACUUUAACUCUGCAAUUUAUAUUUUUGACUGAUAAGCCUUGAAAUGAAAUGUUCAGAGUUUUCAUUAAAGCAAUCAAACCAUG